GCGGGAGGGCUGCGCUCCCGUGUCUGGGCGGCCCCAGGUCCCCUCGGGCGUUGACACGGGGCUUGUCAGUGUCUGCCACCCUUGCUAGCUUUUUUUUUUCUUUUUUUCUCUUGAUAAUGUGUUUUGGCGAAAGUUUAUACAGCUAAUUAGAUUACCUUAAACAAUUUUUAUACAAAUUGUUCCAUGCCAUCGGUUAUAAUUUUUACAGUGUGUCAGUAUUCUCAUUAUUUCCGUUCCGUUUGCUCUGCCUCCAUUGAUCUAGCUUUCCUUCCUCUCCUUGCCUUGUGUAUCUUUGGUUUUGGCUAACUGUUGAUCGGCUGGUCUCAUAUGGUUGUUUGUUCAAGGGAGCCAUUACUCACGGGUGUUAUUGUUUAUUUUAUAAGCCAAUCUGUUAUUUGGCUGAAAGGUGACCUGCAGAAAUAGCUUGAAUUCCAAGUUCAAAGGGUAUCUUAGGCGGUAGUUUCAGGGGUUCCACCAGUCUUUAUUGGUCCAAUAAAUCUGGACUUUUUUAGGAAUUUGACCUUUGUUCUACAUUUUUCUCCCGUUCUUUCUGGGACCUUCUAUCGUGUCCCUGGCCAGAAUGGUUGGUAGUGGUACCUGGGCGCCAUCUAGUUCCUCUGGCCUCAAGUUAGAAGUUGUGGGUCUUGUGUUCUUUUUAGUCCUGUGGACUAGUUUCUUCUUUGAGCCUUUGAUUUCCUUCAUUCUCUUUUGCUCCAGACACUAAAAACCAAUAGUUGUACUUUAGAUGGCCACUCACAAGCUUUUAAGACCCCAGACACUACUCACCAAACUGGGAUGUAGAACAUUAACUUUGUGAACUGUGUUAUGCCACUUGACUAAGUUGUCCCCCAAAAUCUCGCAGGCUUUUGAGCCGCUUAAGGCUUGGGACUGUGUCUGAUUUGUCCCUAACGGCCCACCCCCAGAAGUGACCUUUUCCCUUUGACUGCCCUUCCCUCUGAAUGGUUUAAACCUUUUUGUGUUGGAACAAUUAAGUUUUUUGAGUAGUUAAGUAGGUGACUUCCUUUUCAAGCAUUCUUUGUUCCUCCUUCGUUACCCAGAACUAUUGUCCCUGAAAGGUGGGAUGUGUAUGUGUGUGUAUCAGUGUGUGUGUAUGAGAGAGAGUGUGUGUGUGUGUGUGUGUAAAACCAGAGGACUUCUUUCAGGAUUCUUUGUCAUUGACUAGGCUGACGAAGCCCAGACCAUGUUAGGCUGUAUGGUGGUUACUAAGAGGAACCAGAGUCAAAUCCAGAUCUUCCCUCAAGGAAUUUACAGUUUUGUGGAGAGGAAGGAUGUAGUGAUAAUCAACUGUAAUACAAAAUAGAACAUGAUAAUGGUGUCCUUACCAGAGGUGGUAGGUACUCUAAUCAUCUGGGGCUCCAGGGAGAAAGGAAAACUUACCAUCAGCAACUGGCAGUGGAUUUUGCCCCCCAAAGUAACCUUGGGUGCAUUUGACAGGGAGCUUGCAAAUGUUUUCAAGGGACCUGUGCAGUUUCUGAUGAUGUGGCUGUAUUUCUUUAGCUUCUGGCUGAUUAGGUGGAUGAGAGAGUUUCUUUUGACCAAAUGAAGUGUUCUGGGAGGCUGAGAAGAUAAUGCUAUAGCUAGCCAGAAACUAUCUUCGGGCAGUUCACUUCAACAAGGAACCUUAGUGCCUCUGUUAUAAUUUUUAAAAUAUAGACUACAGCAUGCUAUGAAUCAAACCUUGUUUUUCAGAGCAGAAGGACAGUAUUUUCACUAAAAACAUGAUGGAACCCACAGUAUAAGUUACUCUUUGACCUAUUCAUCCAAGCAGUGUUAAGGAAGGCCUUUUCACUUUACUUGGCAUUAGGGACUAUAUUAUUUUAAUAAUGUAAAAAUCGACUCGACGGCAGUGGGUUUAAUUGUAUAUUAAGGCAUAUUGUAAUUUGUGUGAAAUGAUUUGUCUUAUUAGGUAAAUAUAGAUAAACCCUUCUUUUGUGCUGCUAUUCCAAUUCACCUGAAAAUGUCUUUGCUGUUCUAAUCAGCCUUAACAUCUGGAAUUGAUUAGUCAUCGAUGCUCCCUGAAAGGAGAUAGAAUGAAGAUACUGGAUUGUCAGCAGCAUGUUUUCUUUUGGUGGAGAAUCCUUAGAUACCUCAUUGGACCAGUGUGUACUGGGCAGCUUUUCAUCUCCCUUAGUUGGAAUUGAUCCAUACAUUAAAUUUACUAGAAUAAUCCUUUCAGCAUUGCAAGAGGGGCUGCAGAAAACAAUAAACUUCCACAAUCUUAUGUAGCCACAUAGUUGUUAUUGUUGUUAGGUGUCUUCCAGUCAGUUCUGACCCGUGGCGACCCUGUGUACAGCAGAAUGAAACCCUACCCAGUCCUGCGCAAUUCUCACAGUCAUUACUGUGUUUGAGCCUGUUGUUGUAGCCACUGUGUCAGUCCGUCUCGCUGAUGGUUUUCCUCUUUUUCGCUCACCCUCUACGGACUGUGAUGUCCUUCUCCAGGGACUGAUCCCUCCUGGUAACAUGUCCAAAGUAUGUAUGACGAAGUCUUGCCACCCUCCCUUCUAAGCAGGAUUCUGGCUGUACUUUUAAGACAGAUUUGUUCAUUUUUCUGGCAGUCCAUGGUACAUUCAAUAUUCUUUGCCAACACCAUAAUUCAGUCGUCCUUAUUCAUUGUCCAGCUUUCACAUGCCUGUGAGGUGAUCGAAAAUACCAUGGCUUGGGUCAGGUGCACCUUAGUCUUUCAGAUGACAUCUUUGUUUUUUAAAACGUUGAAGAGGUCUUUUGCAGCGGAUUUGCCUAAUGUAAUAUGAGGUUUGAUUUCUUGACCGCUACUUCCAUGAGCCUUGAUUGUGGACCCAAGUAAAACAAAAACCUUGACAACUUCAGUCUUUUCUCCAUUUAUCAUGAUGUUGUUUAUUGGUCCAGUUGUGAGGAUUUUUUGUUUUCUUUACUUUCCCAUAGAGAUCGGGACAAUAAUCUGUCACUUCUCAAUCUCUUGCUUGCUCCUUUCCUGAAAAGGUAGUCUUGGUGGCAUAAUGAUUAAGUGUUUGGCUGCUAAUCAAAAGGUUGGCAGUUUGAAUCUGCCAGCUGCUUCUUGGAAACCCUAUAGGGCAGUUCAGCUCUGUCGUAUAGGGUCACUAUGAGUUGGAAUUUACUCAACGGCAGUGGCUUUUUUUUGGGGGGGGGGGUCUCCUGAAAAGUUGGUGUACUUCAAGGCUCUGUCCUAUGUCGCCUUGCCUUCUUAUUCAGUACACUUUCUAGGGGGUCUCGUUGUCUUCCCCUGAGGUCACUUAACAUUUAUGUGUUAAUUCAAUCUUUGUCUUUAGACUGCGCCUCUCUCAUUUUCCCUGGACCUGUAUAUGUCUAGCUGCCUACCAGGUAUCUCUGCUUAGAUUUCUCACAUGAACCUCACCUCAGCAAGUCCAAGACAACUUAUCCUCCUCCCUUCACCUGCACACCCUCCAGGUUGCUACUUGCUCCUUCCCCCAUAUCGUUCUCCGGUAUCACUGGGUGCUCAAGUCAAAAACCUAGUAGUCUUGAUUCUUCCCAUCCCUCACCCCCUCCAUCAAACAAUCAAAGUCCCAUUGACAAGUCUUAUUGAUUCUGCCUCAUAAAUAUUUAUUGAACUCAUUCACUUCUCUUCUCCAUUGCAACCAGCCUAGCCUGAAUUAUCAAUUUCUGUCUUUUGACUGGACUGUUGCAGUAGCCCCUUGCUUGUCUCCUUGUACACCUUUGAUCUCUCUAAUCCAUUCUUAACCUGUAGCCCAGAUGUUCUUUUAAAAAGGUACAGUCAUGCUACUGCCCUGCAAAAAGUUGUUUCGUUUUUCCACUGUCCUUAGUUUAAAAGGGUCCCCAACCAUUAUGGCCUGUAAGGCCCUGCCUGAUCUGGCCCAGGUACCUCUCCAGCCUCAGUGCAUGCUGCUUUCCACACACAAUGAUGAAAUGUGCCGUGUGCACUUUUGCUCCAGCCCUUCUGCAUGUGCUACAUUCCCUGCCUAGACUACUGGGCACUUCUUCUCUAGGCUACUUCAUUUUUAAUCUAGCUGACUCGUCUUGAUUAUUAAUGGUAGCCUAAAUGCUGCUUCCUGGCGAGUAGAGUAGGUUAAGUUUCCAGACUCCCUUAUCGUCCUUUGUUUCCCCUGCAGUGACACUCAUCACAUUGUAAUUGCUUGAUCAGCCGAGGUAAACAUACACCAGAGUCCACGUGGGCUCCAGGAGAACAUGGCCAUUAGUGUCUUGUUCACUGCUGUAUCUCCAAUCUGACAGCCAUUCAACAAAUACUUAUUGUCUACUGUGUGCCAGGCACUGUUCUAGACACACAGUAGGUGUUGUAUGUGUGUGUAUUCUGGUUGAUUGUAAUGCAUAUUACCACGUAGAUGUAGGUAGACUACAACUGAAAAGAUAGUUCGUAUUUUGGAUAGGCAUUUAGCAGUUAAGUGACUGGCCUGGUUUUCAUUCAGUUGCCUUUUCUCCAUUGUUAAAAUUUCCUGGUUGAUGAGAGGAAUAUUUUCUCUGCCUUCUCGCUGGGUUAUUGUGGAAAUCUCCAUAAGGUAUGUGGCAGAGCACUCUUGAGAAGUGUAAAGGGCUCAACAGAUGUAAACUAGCAUCGUUUGUACUGACACUCAGUAUUUGAAAAAUGGAGGGCAGAGUUCCUGGGUUGUCACCCUGUGAUAGAAUCUGUGAUGUGUGGACACUGGGAAAACUAUUCCCACAGGGGCCCAGAUAAUCUCUCCUAUCUGCUUAGUAGGUUGAUGUGAGGAACCUAUUAAAUAGGUGUUUUUAAGUAAUUGUACAAAUAAGGGAUUUUUGUCUAAACCUCUCGCCUCCUUUAGGCUGUUAAUAGCUGGUGUAAAAUUCCUUGGGUAUAUUUCUGCUCAUAAUCGUUGAGCUCCAAUAGAACAGUGUUUAUAAGCCUUUUGGGCACUGGCGUGAAUUUUUAAGUGUUUGGAAGUUCUAGAAGUGAAGUACAGCUAGCUUUGGUGGAGGAGUGUCCCUCCUUUUUCUGCGAAGGUUGCCCAAGGCUUUGGGUGGGGUGGUGAAGGAGGAAGGCAGCACCCAGGCAUUCCAAUCGGCCAGGUCAGCCCUAGCUGUCCUCAGGUGACAGGUGCACCUUCAGAGUGUGCUCUCCUCCUGGCUUUUGAGUGAUCACGGGCAUGUUCACAGGAGGUGGCAGCCGCAAAUCAUAUUCAUGGGUGGGUUUUUUUAGCAAUUGUGACUCACAGCCAAGGUCUCAGAUAAAUUGAGGCAGGUUGGGGUGGUUUCCUAGUAGGUUCUAGUAGCAGAAGAUGGGUGGGUGCAGAUUGGGACUUGAAUUGGUAGGGCUGUGGCAAGGGGGGUGGAAGCAACUCACCUCUGUGUUAGUAGAGUGAAUGGGAGUGAGAGUUUUGGGGACACUUGCUUGGCAGAACACCUGGACUCACAUGUUCUGACAUGCCAUUUAGGAAGCACAGAAUUAGGUUGUAGUGCUAAGGGGUCAUGAUUAUGGCACCAUCCCUGUUCAGGCUAUUUGAUGACACUUUUCCCACCAGAGAGACUACCCUUCAGCACCUCUAGCUGCCUGAAUGGACCUCAUGCCCUUGGUUGCAAGAAGAACCUUAUAGAAGUACAGAGGCUUAACCAAUUAGUGUGAUUUGAUGUAGGUGUAUCUGGCACAGACCCAUGUGGGGGUAAAGGAACAGCGGAGACGCCUCAGUUUGAGUGCUGCUGUCUCAUCCGUUACCUGGAAGAGCUGCAGAGAAGCCAGAAGCGUUUGGCCUGACACGUGGCUCCCUGAUGCAGUAGUGGCGGCGUUAGCAAGUCUUGCACCGCGUUUCAUGAUUCCCUUGGCGAUGAUAUGAAAGAUGAAGUAAAAAAGGUCUUAGACAAGUUUUACAAGAGGAAAGAAAUUCAGAAACUGGGUGCUGAUUAUGGACUUGAUGAAGGAUGCUGGCAGGACUGACCUUCUGAGCCAGACUACAUGGCAGAGGGGGAGUCCCCAAUGCCAGAAUCUGCAUAGGCCUAGAGCUCGUCUCUUCCACCAAGCUUUCAUAAGCUUUCGAAAUUAUAUUAUGCAGUCUCAUUCCCUGGAUGUGGACAUUCACAUUGUUUUGAAUGAUAUUUGUUUCGGUGCAGCUCACGUGGAUGAUUUAUUUCCGUUUUUCUUGAGACAUGCAAAACAGAUAUUUCCUGUGUUGGAAUGUAAGGACGAUCUACGUAAAAUCAGUGACUUAAGAAUACCACCGAACUGGUACCCAGAAGCCAGAGCCAUUCGGCGGAAGAUAAUCUUCCAUUCGGGCCCCACAAACAGCGGGAAGACGUACCAUGCAAUCCAGAAGUACUUGUCAGCAAAAUCUGGGGUGUACUGUGGGCCUUUAAAAUUGCUGGCACAUGAGAUCUUCGAAAAGAGUAAUAUUGCUGGGGUGCCGUGUGACUUGGUAACGGGUGAAGAACGUGUGACAAUAGAGCCAGAUGGGAAACAGGCUGCCCAUGUUGCUUGUACUGUUGAGAUGUGCAGUGUUACAACUCCUUAUGAAGUGGCUGUGAUUGAUGAAAUUCAAAUGAUUAAAGAUCCAGCUAGAGGAUGGGCCUGGACCAGAGCACUUCUAGGGCUGUGUGCUGAAGAAGUCCAUUUGUGUGGAGAAUCUGCUGCUAUUGACCUGGUGACUGAGCUCAUGUACACAACUGGGGAGGAAGUGGAGGUUCAAAACUAUAACAGGCUUACCCCGAUUUCUGUUCUGGAUCAUGCAUUAGAAUCUUUAGAUAAUCUUCAGCCUGGGGACUGCAUUGUCUGUUUUAGCAAGAAUGAUAUUUAUUCUGUCAGUCGGCAGAUUGAGAUUCGGGGAUUGGAAUCAGCUGUUAUAUAUGGCAGCCUCCCACCUGGGACCAAACUUGCUCAAGCAAAAAAGUUUAAUGAUCCCGAUGAUCCAUGCAAAAUCUUGGUGGCCACAGAUGCAAUUGGCAUGGGACUUAAUUUGAGCAUAAGGAGAAUUAUUUUUUACUCCCUUAUAAAGCCCAGUAUUAAUGAAAAGGGAGAGAAAGAAAUAGAACCAAUCACCACCUCUCAAGCCCUACAGAUUGCUGGCAGAGCUGGUAGGUUCAGCUCGAAAUUUAAAGAAGGAGAGGUUACAACAAUGCAUCGUGAAGACCUUAAUUUAUUAAAGGAGAUUUUGAAUAGGCCCGUGGAACCCAUAAGGGCAGCUGGUCUUCAUCCAACUGCUGAGCAGAUUGAAAUGUUUGCCUACCAUCUCCCUGAUACAACACUUUCUAAUCUCAUUGAUAUUUUUGUAGACUUUUCACAAGUUGAUGGGCAGUAUUUUGUCUGCAAUAUGGAUGAUUUUAAGUUUUCCGCAGAAUUAAUCCAGCAUAUUCCAUUAAGUCUCCGAGUGAGGUAUGUUUUCUGCACAGCUCCGAUCAACAAGAAGCAGCCUUUCAUUUGCUCUUCGUUGUUACAGUUUGCCAGGCAGUAUAGCAGGAAUGAGCCUCUGACCUUUGCAUGGUUACGCCGAUAUAUUAAAUGGCCAUUACUGCCACCUAAAAAUAUUAAAGAUCUUGUGGAUCUUGAAGCUGUCCAUGACAUCUUGGAUCUCUACCUGUGGCUAAGCUACCGAUUUAUGGAUAUGUUUCCGGAUGCCGGCCUUAUUCGAGAUCUCCAGAAAGAACUAGACGGCAUUAUCCAGGAAGGUGUACACAACAUCACCAAACUGAUUAAAACUUCCGAGCCGCAGAGGCUGCUGCAUUUGGAGAGCUUGCGAGCAGGGAGCCAGUCUCGUUUGUCAGGAACCUUAAAGGGCCAAACUAGGCGGACACGUGGCACCAAAACCUUAGGGAGUAAAGCUGCGGAGCCACAGGAGCCCGAGGCAGAAGAGAAAUCCCUUGGUUCCAGAUUGGUGCAGCAAGGACUUCUCACUCCAGACAUGCUGAAACAGCUAGAAAAAGAGUGGUUGACCCAACAAACUGAACAUGGCAAGGAAGGAACAGAAUCUGGGAGUAUUUCAAAAGGGACAAGAAGAAAGAAGAAGGAACUUGAUUCAGAUUAGUUUUUUAAAAUUUAGUUUUGCAAAUAAAAAUCUGUUUAAAAAUCCCUUUUCCUCAUAUGCAUUUACAGCCUGCUGUAGUAUUGUGGCUAUCUCUUACUGGUUUUUUGCACAUAAAAAUUAACUCUCAAGAUGACUAAACUGUGUUUAUUUCAACAUUUAAAAAAUACUGGGGUGCCUUAGAGAUUAUAUUUAAAUCACAGUUUUGUUUUUUUAUGUAGUGGCCAUUUGUAGUAUAGCACCAAGACAAUGCACUGAAGGAACUUGGCAUGGAAAUAAAAUCAUUUUCAUGAA